GGGACGGGCGGGGGCUUGAAAGCAGAGGCUAUCAGAGGAGAGAGGCAGGCAGACUCAGUGCGGGACAGGCGCUUAGUGAGUGUGUACUGCCGUCUGGUGGACUGAGCAGCUGUAGUGUCUCCCUCCCCGUCUAUAUCAACUCGCUCUUGCUCUCUUCAGUAGCGCGCUGUGGCUGUGGUAGGCGUUUGUAUGAGCUGCGGCGUGAUGCUGUGCCGAGGACUGCUGCUGGUGGUGGUGGUGGUGCAGGUGUGCGCUGACGUCUGCCCAGGAGGAAAAGUCAAAUGUCCUGAGAACACAACAUGCUGUCAGCUUGCGAACCACGAGUUUGGGUGCUGCAAAUACCCUGAGGCACAGUGCUGCCGUGACCAUGUGCACUGUUGUCCCCACAGCUACAAGUGUGAUGAGCGUCAGCAGUCCUGCCUCAAGAAUGGUUUCCCUGCCAUGUCCUUUGCACAAGCAUCUGUAAAACCAGAGUUGGUUCAGGAAGCAGACCUGUUGGGGCUUGUCAUCCCCCAGCAGACACAUUCUCUGGAAACCAACCACAUUGAUGGACAUGAAGGUGAAUCUAGCAGCAGAACCUGUCCAGAUGGCCACGAGUGUCCCAGCUCCUUCACCUGCUGCAAGAUGUUCCGGGGCAAUUACGGGUGCUGUCCUUACAACGAUGCCAAGUGCUGUAAGGACGGUUUCCACUGCUGUCCCCAUGGCUCCCAGUGUGAUCCAGUGUCUGGUGGAUGCGAGAACAGUGGGAAUUGGUUGGGCAAAGCAGUUUCCUUAAUGACAGGUCAACAGCCAAGCAUACCUGAACCUGAACCUGAACCUGAAGUUGAGCUUGAGCUUGAACAACUGGAAGUUGCUGACCCAGGGGGCAAGUGUCCCGAUGGUCACCCGUGUCUGGAGAAGUUUACAUGCUGCAAGGUGCAAGACGGAGGGUACGGCUGCUGUCCUUACACUGAGGCUGUCUGCUGCACCGACCUCAUACACUGCUGCCCCAAGAACACCAACUGCAACAACUCUUUGGGCACUUGUGAUGUGGAGAGGAGUUUCUCAGUGCCAUCAUUCUCCUUGGCCACUCUGAAACUGUCCACCUUCCCAGCACAGCCAGCAGCUUCACCAACACUAGAGGUAGAAGAAGCAAGUGAUGCUCCCAAUGAUGUUUGUCCUGACCAUAGGAGCAGAUGUAACCCAGGCAAUACUUGCUGUCUAAUGCGUGAUGGCUCCUAUGGCUGCUGUCCCAUGCCUAAGGCAACAUGCUGUUCUAACCAUGAGAGCUGUUGUCCAAAUGGUUAUCGCUGUGUUGCUGGAGGCAUGUGUGAGAGAGUGUCCACUGUGGCUGCCUUGCCUUUCCUUCCUCCUGUCUUUGUGCCAGAGAGGCCAACGACAACCCCAAGCGAGCCAUCUCCCACUAUAGAGGAGGAAGACGUGCCUUGCCCUGACCGCUCUAGGUGUCCAGAUGGAAACACCUGCUGCAGCAUCUCCUCUUACCGCUAUGGCUGCUGCCCAAUGCCUCAGGCAACAUGCUGUGGGGACAUGAAGCACUGCUGUCCUCAUGGGUACUGGUGUGCUGACGAGGGGUGUGAGAGGCUGGAGGCAGGCACCCUCAACAAAACACUCAUCAUGCACCACUCACUUGACACUGGGUCUCCCAAAGUGAUGUUUGCUCCAUAAUCACCUUUGGCUUCUGGGGUGUGGAUUUUUAUUUCUUUUUUUUUCUUUUUUUUUUUUUGAAGGAAGUACUUUGUUGGCCCAUAGUGAGUACUGGACUCUGUGAUGUGGAUUAUUAUUGUUUUGUGUGUCUUUUUGUAUGAAGGAGGUACUUUGUUGGCCCAUAGUCAGCAAUGGGCUUUGUGAUGUGUAUUUUUUUUUUCUCUCUCUCUCUCUCUCUCUCUCUCUCUCUCUCUCUCUCUCUCUCUCUCUCUCUCUCUCUCUCUCUCUCUCUCUCUCUCUCUCUCUCUCUCUCUCUCUCUCUCUCUCUCUCUCUCUCUCUCUCUCUCUCUCUCUCUCUCUCUCUCUCUCUCUCUCUCUCUCUCUCUCUCUCUCUCUCUCUCUCUCUCUCUCCAAGAAGGAGGUACAAUCUUGAUGGGCCUUAUAUUUGUAGAUGUAACGUAAGGCUUUUGAUAUCUUAAUGAAAUGUUCUGGAGUAGGUAGUGUAAAGAGAGGCAUGUAAGAGGGCCCAGUUUUACUUCCCACCUGCUGUCAGGACAAGUUUGUGGCUUCCCUGUGUCAACUAAAUGACAGAGCUGACAGAUCUCUGCAUUUUGAUGACAAUGAAGAAGAAAUGUCACUCUGAUAAGUCAUUUAAUCAGAAUGUGAUCCAGAAGAAAAUUAAGUUUCACUGGAGAAGUACACAUUGAAAUGGGGGAAAAAAAAAAAAAAAGAGAACAUUAAAUGAAGUCUUCAAAUGUUAUAUGUGAAUUGCUCCUAAAUAUAAUGUACAGUAUUGAAGGGUAGAUAAAUAUUUGGCAUCCUGGUCCUGCUAUUGACAUUUUUUAUUAAUGUUAUUAUUAUACUUUUUUUAUAAAUGUUUUCAAUACCACAGUAAUUCAGAUCAAUCUACAUCAAUUAUUAGCAUGAAACUCAGAUUAAUAAGGAAAUAUAUUUACCAAAUUACCAAAUUAGUUCAUGAUUUUUAUGGAAUUGUGGGAUUAUUUCAGUGCUGCAUAAUUUAGAGGAAGACUAUUACAUUUUUUUUAAUUCUUUCCAAAUACUUUUUAAUGUAUCAUGAAGAACAUUACUGAAUAAUUAUCUUUAGAAACAGUAAUUUGCUUGAAACUUACACAUGCACACUCACUCCCUCUAUAGUGAAAAUAUGCUUUGUCUUUCAACAGUGGCCUUGACGUACUCAAAUAUUUAGAAGCUUAAAUUCCCUUUCAGUAUACAGAAUUAUUCUUGGUAUCCCAGCGGUUCUCUUAAGAGGGAAUUGGUCUCUGUCCUGUGGAAGUCUUAUAUGUAGAGAUAGUAUGACACUUGAGUAGGCAGGUGGUGCUGAAUGUUGUGUGAGAGAACGAGCAAGUCUUUGAGGGAGUACUCAUGUGAUGAGAUGAUGAAAGUGAGUGAUGAGGUGAUGCUAAAUCAAAGUGUGAUGUGAAUGGCUGGAAGCGUGCAUGGAAGGUGAUGGGUGUGAGUGAAGGAGAUUUUUGUAGCUUCCAUUUUUAGUACAGGUCUCUGGUUUGGCUCCAUUGAGUUAGAUGGGAUGAAUAAUAUAGAUAGAUUUGGUAGGACUAGGUAUGAAAUCUCGGCUUCCAGGAUUUAAAUGUCUUGAAUCAUUGGUUUAUUGUGUGCAGGUGUUGAUAAUGUCUUCACAGAGCUUUGGUGAGAAGAUGACAAUAUGGAUUAUGUACAGUGUAUACCACUUUGUGUUUUGUGCAUAACGUAUUGCUGUGUAAAUAUUUCAGUUCAGCAUUUAUCAUGGAAGGAAUUUGUUCGUGUCUAAUUAAAAAGACUCAUGUAUUCAUUAUUCGCGUGUAUUUGUUAUUUGCGUUAAAUAAAAUGUAUAAAAGUAAAA